CAGGUGGCGCUGUGUUUGAAGAUGGCAGCUUCAGGCUUGUGUCAUCUCUUUGCCCUGUUCCUUAUCACACUGUCCCACACCUCGCACAGCUCUGAGAUCCCAUCUGAAAAUGCCAAACAGAGUCUGACCAGGUCUUCCACCUCCACCGCUGACUCCAAGCCAGACCCUGACAUGGGUCCUCUGGGUGACAGCCAGCAAAGAAGACACUGGUCAUGCAAAGAGAGUAAUAAUGCUGGGCUGCUCUCUCGAAGGCCUGUGGACCGACUGGAGUAUGAUGGGACAAGUCUAGAUGGCCUGAGUCCUGUAAGGCUGGAGAUGGAGCCUGGAGACAGUAUGAGGGUGGAGGUUCACGAUGAAGUCAGGGGUCCUGCUCAUAUGCGGCGAGGAAAUCAUUCACCAGAGGGAGAGUUCAAUCGUAAAGCCAGGAGACGUGGUCAUGGGCAUCUGGCUGAGCACAGAAAGCAGGGGAGCAAAAGAGACAAAGGUCGCGCUAAAGGGGAUCUCUAUGACCCUGAACCAGAAUUAGACUCCUUGUUGAAGGACAUGAAUGCAUUUGAGGAUGGUCUUUACACCUCCUCUCCCAAUUACGACAAUGCACCACUCACUGAAGAUCCCUCCCGUCUCUCCCCCAUUUUGGUAACCACGGCAAUCGACGAGCAUCCCCCAACACUGCCCCCAGCCUCCACCAAACCCCAGAAGUCUGGUCGAGGGAAGGUUCAAGGGGAGGUGAUGCCCACUCUGGACAUGACGCUCUUUGACUGGACUGAUUACGAGGAUAUGAAGCCUGCAGACACUUGGCCAUCCAACAAAAGAAAAGAUAAACGCCGCAGCAAAAACAAGAGCAAUGGGAACACAACACUUGAUUCCGAAGUCAUUGAACCAUGUGACCAUCAUCUGGACUGCCUUCCUGGUUCUUGUUGUGACCUCAGAGAACAUGAGUGCAAACCUCACAAUCAUGGUCUAAACAACAAGUGUUAUGAUGACUGCAUGUGUGAGGAAGCUAGCUCCGUGCAGUCAUGGUCUCCGCAGAGCUCAAGCACAGCGGCUAAUCAAGCCCAAACCCCCGCUGCACCUGUUCCACCGCAACCCAGUGUGAGUACCGCAUGCAGUAAUUCCAGUACGCCGUUUCCUGAGAAGUUUAAUGGCUCACCUGAAGCGUGUGAAGGAUUUCUGCAGCAGUGCAGCUGGUACAUUAGUCAUCAGCCCCAGUUUUACGGCUCGGAUACCGACCGCAUUUCUUUCAUCUGCUCACUGUUGACUGGAAAGGCUCUGGAGUGGGCAGGCGCGUUUUGGGAACCAGGUCGGAUGUCGUUUCCUUCUUUCGACGUGUUUACCGCCCUGUUCAGAAAGGCUUUUGAACUCCCCGCAGAAAAGGAGGGUCCCGAGGAACUGCUCUUUUCCCUGCGCCGGGGAGGUUCGUAUGCGGCGGAUUUCUCUCACUCACUCCGCACGCCGCAUAAGCCUCAACUCGCUAAACUGUUUGAUCCUCCCUUAAGGACCGUCAGAGGAGCUUCUAAGCAUAUCGUUCCUGCCAAACCCACUCAUCAUGUCGGACCCCUCGAGCCCGUAUCCCGCACUGGCCCUGUUAAAAGUGCUGUUCCUAAGACAGCGGAGGUGUCGCGGGUCGAACCGGAGUUUGAGCGCGUGCCAGCCGAUUCGAGUGAGUCAAGUGCCGAGCUGAGUGAAUCAAGUGAGUCAAAUACCGAGCUGAGUGAAUCGAGUGCCGAGUCAAGUGCUGAGCCGAGUGAAUCAAGUGUGUCCAGUGUUGAAUUUAGUCUGUCCGCUGAAUCUCCUGUUCAAGCCCCAGGCCUCUCCAUGUGCCUGGCCUCCUGCCUCUCCAUGGGCCUGGCCCUCCAUCCCAGCCCCCGUUGA